AUGGCUACCAACGGCGACUUGCCUUCUGACGACGAGUUUUCUCAACCUGGCACACCUCCGGGCGACGAGAACGACGUUGAUGAAAUUGAAGAGACAAACCAGCCACCUAAAUCAUCCCUGAAAAAGGGCACCUCGGCAGCGGUUCCGGAACCACAAGUCCCUCGUCCUGUCCUGCCCGAACAACCUGACCCCAAAGACCUUGAUAUCUCGAAACUCACUCCUCUCUCGCCCGAGAUUAUUGCAAGGCAAGCCACCAUCAACAUCGGCACAAUAGGCCACGUGGCUCACGGAAAAUCGACCGUCGUCAAGGCCAUCUCCGGGGUCCAAACUGUGCGAUUCAAAAAUGAAUUAGAACGAAAUAUCACCAUCAAAUUGGGAUAUGCCAACGCGAAAAUCUACAAGUGCGACAACCCAGAGUGCCCGAGACCGACCUGCUACAAAUCCUACAAGUCUGAAAAGGAAGUCGACCCGCCUUGUGAAAGAGAAGGAUGCGGCGGCACAUACCGACUCCUUCGCCAUGUUUCCUUUGUCGAUUGCCCGGGACACGAUAUUCUGAUGAGUACCAUGUUGUCCGGCGCCGCAGUCAUGGAUGCUGCCUUGCUUCUAAUAGCAGGAAACGAAAGCUGUCCCCAACCACAGACUUCAGAACAUCUUGCCGCUAUCGAGAUUAUGAAACUCAACCAUAUCAUCAUCCUACAGAACAAGGUCGACUUGAUGAGGGAAGAGGGGGCACAAGCACAUUACGAAUCAAUUCUGAAGUUCAUCAAGGGCACCGUUGCGGAUGGGUCACCGAUCAUCCCCAUCUCCGCGCAGUUGAAAUACAACAUUGACGCCAUCAAUGAGUACCUGGUCACCAAAAUCCCCGUCCCUGUGCGAAACUUCAGCGCAGCGCCACAUAUGAUCGUCAUUCGAUCAUUUGACGUCAACAAGCCCGGCGCUGAGAUCGAGGACCUCAAGGGCGGUGUUGCCGGCGGCUCCAUCCUCACUGGUGUGCUGAAGCUCGGCGACGAAAUCGAGAUCCGCCCGGGGAUCAUCACGAAAGAUGCAACAGGUCAGACCGUCUGCCGCCCCAUCAUGUCCCGUGUGGUGAGCUUGUUCGCCGAACACAACGAUCUAAAAUUUGCCGUGCCUGGAGGACUCAUCGGCGUAGGUACGCGCGUGGAUCCAACACUUUGCAGAGCAGACCGUCUCGUCGGUCACGUACUGGGCCUGAGGGGGCAACUCCCAGAGAUUUACAUGGAACUUGAGGUUAACUACUUCUUGCUCCGGCGUCUGUUGGGUGUCAAAACGGCGGAUGGCAAGCAAGCUAAGGUGGCCAAACUCGCGAAGAACGAAGUUUUGAUGGUGAAUAUCGGGUCUACGGCGACGGGCGCAAAAGUCAUGGGUGUCAAGGCCGACGCGGCCAAGUUAACCCUCACAAACCCAGCUUGUACGGCGAUUGGAGAGAAGAUUGCGCUGAGUAGGAGAAUCGAGAAGCAUUGGCGAUUGAUUGGGUGGGCAAAUAUUGUGGCGGGGAACACGAUCGAACCCGAGUCUUCUUAG